CAUCCCUAAGAACAUAGGACAUUCGUUUAGACAGUGCAGCGAAAAGUAUCAUUAGUCUUAUAAGUACCACAAUUAUUUUAUCUUGUUUAUUGAUACAGUCGAUAAAUCUUAGACCGAUUUAAAUAUUUAGGGAUUUACUUAACCUUCGGGCUUCAGUGUAGGGUAAUAAGUCUGUAAAAAGGUAUGUCCAGUAAGCAGUCACGGUCGGUACCCACGCGCGAGUGUCAGUUUGAAAAAAUGGAAGAAAUUGAAGAGCAAAAAGUCAAACUAAAUAUAGCAUCACAGGUUGCUUCACAUUACCCCCAGAAUUCCUGGAGGAGCUUAUUAACAAAAUCAAGAAUAAUUCUAAUUGUGACAGUGUUAGUCAUCGCAGUCAUCAUAUGUGGCACAUUUGCGAACAGCUUCGUAUGUACAGACCCGGAAAUAGUUACGAGGGACGAAUGGGGUGCCAAACCACCCACAGAUGUUGAAAACUUAACUCUACCAGUUCCUUACGUCGUCAUACACCACAGUUAUAUACCUGCAGCUUGUUCAACAAAAGAGGAAUGUAUAAAUGACAUGCAAUGGAUGCAAAAGUAUCAUCAACAAAAUAAUUCAUGGUGCGAUAUUGGAUAUAAUUUCGCUGUUGGAGGGGACAAUAGAAUUUACGUUGGACGAGGUUGGACAGCUGUAGGGGCCCACGCUCCCCGUUAUAAUUCCAGAAGCAUUGGAAUCGUCCUGAUAGGAGAUUGGACAGAUAUAUUACCCCCAGAGAGUCAAAUGUUAGCAGCAAAACAACUGAUUAAUAUGGGAAUCAGAGACGGCUAUAUAAGUGAAAACUACAAAUUAAUUGGGCAUAGGCAAGUCCGAGAGACAGCAUGUCCAGGAGAAGCAUUAUAUAAGGAGAUCCAAAUGUGGCCUCACUGGAUCCCCAACCCCGAUGAAGAGGUCAUUCCUGUAGUACCUCUAGACAAAGAAGACCUUAAACCAGAUCCCAGAGAAGAUCCGGAUGCCAGCUUGGCAUCUGAAGAUAAUGAAAUUAAACGACAUAGUUCUACAGACAAGGAUGAAAGUACGUCGAGGAGUAUAAAACAUACAUAAAAACUAUCUUCCACUCUAAUUGUGUUUAAAAAUUAUGUUCCUUAUUAAGCUAAUAGAUCAUUAAAACUUUUUUUUAUCAAACAUUGAGGUUCACUGGACGAGAAAAUUCCAACGUGUUGUGUGCAAAUAUGCUCUCAAAAAAACCUACAGAUAGAUUUCGUUAUACUCGUAUGUAUCUGAAUCCAUCAAAUAAAGUGAUUAACGAUAUUUAUACGACGUUCCUAUUUUAAAGUAUUUUUUAAAUCUCUUUGUAACUAUUACUGUCUUUCAUUAAUAAAGUUCAUAUCAAA